UCAGAGAGCAGCUACUGGCAGCUCUGCCCUCCCUCCAAGUCCGGCCUGCAGGGGGGGUUACUGAGCUCUAGUUUCCCCCCUGGCCCCGUGCCCCUGGUGCCCCCAGAUGCUCAUCUGCAGGAGGGGGGCGACCCCCUGGACGGCACCCCCUCUCAGCCGCAGCAGCACCGGCCCCUGGCGCCCAGCACCUCAGCAUCUGAGCUUUCCCUCCCCGGAGCGCCGGUGGCGCCUCCCGGCCCCGGGCCUCCUCCACCUCCUCCUCCGCCACCUAAACGGCACUGCCGUUCACUGUCGGUGCCUGAGGACCUGUCGCGCUGCCGCUAUACCUGGCGGCCCAGCGCCUCGCGGGUGUGGACUCCUGUCAGUCGCCAGCAGUGCCAUGGGGGAGCAGGGGGAGGAGUCACAGGUGGGGGCGCAGGGGCGGGAGGAGGGGGUAUAGGGGUAGGUGCAGCGGGGGGAGGAGCUUGUCCUCUCCGCGCUCCCAGCUCCUCUCUGAACUCGUCGCUGCACUCCUCAUCCAGCCCCACCUUCUUCAGCCUGGCGCUGUCUCCGGACUCCCCGCUGCCUUGGAGCUUCCCCUGGGACCCCAGCGAGGCGGCGGCGGGGGGAGGAGCCUGCUGCUGCUUCUUCCCUUCCCCCUCCUCCUGCUCCUCCUCGCCCUCUCCUCUCCACCCUCCUCCCCCUCCUCAGAGGCGUUUCUCCCUCUCCCCUGUGCUCAUCAGAGACUCGGCGGCCUCCACGUUCCUGCCUCCACCUCCCGUGCCGAGCCAAGCAGCGGCGCGUCCACCGAGCUGCUCGGCCGUGGCCGGAGCGUCCGUGGGGGGUCCGGUACCCGCCUCGCCCUCCUCGGCCUGCAGCACACCGUCAUCUCUGCGACGCAGUCUGCCGCCGCAGCUGCCUCGUUGCCACUCGCAGCCCUGCGACUUGCUGCUCCUCAAACCAGGUCUGAAGAGACGCCGCGACCCCGACAGACCCUGUGCCCGACCCGUCCUCGACUUCACCAAAAUGACUCAGACCCGCAGCAUCGACCCGCAGUGUCUGGAGCGCGGCGGCAGCAGGCUGGCCUGCGGCGGUGACAUUAGCAUGGGCAUGGAGGCCUUCAUGGGUGACUUCCGGGGCUCCUGCUCGCCGGCCGAGUGCCUGGGCAGGACCAGCAUCGGGCCGCUGAGCGAGAGUGACGAGGAGUGCCGCGAGGACGACGACGAGGACGACGGCGAGGAGGAAGCCGAGGAGCGCGAGGCAGCGCAGCAGGCGGUGUUUGAGAGGGAUUGUACAGAACUCGACUUGAACUUAAUAGAAGAAAACUGACGCGUUUGUAAAUGGAAGGCUGUUUCAGUUUUUUAGUUUUAUUUUCAAUUGAUCUGAAGCCCCGCCCCCCUCUUCCUGGACCACCAUCGUCUCAACACUCCGCGCCUCCUUGCCACCAAUCAGCAAGGCUCUCAGGAACAACACCUUCUCUCAUUGGAUGAGCUGGGGUAAACAAAGCUGAUUGAGGACGACAGUGAUGAUGUGACUGCCGCGGUAAAGACUCAGCGCUGUGGAAUCCUCCUGGCUGCUUUUUAACGUGUUGGAAAGUUAAAGUGGGCGUUAACUCUGGUCGCCAACCUGCAUCUGACCUUCAGUUACCCUCAUGACCUCUGCGUCCAUCAUGCUUACACUCCAACAAGCCAUUGUUGAGGUACCUGAAGCCCAGAUGCAGCGUUGUCCCACUCAGACAGUCCAGGCGCGUCUCAGUGUCCAGGUGUCUUCCAACACACAGCUGCUGAGUCUCUGCAACACACUACAGUCUGACGAGGCCGUCACCGCACUGCAGCCCCAACCUGACAUGUCAUCGCUGUGUCCGUCACAUGGUCCUGCACCGCAUCACAGACACUAGACACUCUUAUCUCAAAGAGCAGAUUUAAAGGGUCAGUUCACCCAAAUCACAAAAACACAUUUCCUCUGUUUCACUAAAUAAAUUCAACUCAUGACGUCAACAAAACAAAUACUCAUUUUUACCUUCAGUCCACAGUUGGAAACAUUUAAACAAACACUGAAUGGUCUUUGAUCAUUUUCAGAAUUCAAAAGUAAAGGUUUAAGUUUUUUACUCUUAAACGUGGAAUCUGUUUCUAUGUGAUUCGUGGAGAAAACAAUAUGUGAAAUAGUUCCAGUAUUGAGUGAGAGCAGUGGCAAAAAAAGCUGUAACAGUCGAAAUUUUCACACUGUCUGUAAAUGUCCACUAGAAGUGUUUUUGUCACUGACAGGCUCAGAUUGUUAUUCUAAGUGUCUGACAACAUUAUGGAAAGGAUCCCUACAGAGAUAGAUCUUUUUUGUUAAGGAACAGGUGAUGGCGAUUUUAGGGCUCUCUGUGCUGAUUGAAAAGGAUCUUACUCUUGAACACAAAGCUCUGUCUCUGUAAGGAUCCUUUCCAUA